AUGGAGAGCGCGUUGGCCUGGCUGGCGCGAGAGCUAGCGGAAAGGAUUGGUGGUGAGGGUGAGGGGGGACGGAGCGGCGAAGCGCGAGAAUUGGGGGAGCGGAGCGGCGGGGCAGUGGGGGUCGGGGACGUGGUGUGCCUGCAGGGGGAGGUGGGCGCGGGGAAGACCACUUUCUGCCGGCAUUUCAUUCGUGCGCUGACAGGCGAGCCUGACCUCAUCGUGACAUCGCCCACCUUCCUGCUCCUCAACUCCUACCCCGCGCCCAACCUGUACUCCCCACUGCCCUCGUCGUCUGCCCUUGAUGCUCCCCAUUGCCUUAACCCCAUCACGGUGCAUCACUAUGAUGCAUACCGCCUGGGUGCCCUGCGCACUGCCACGCCUGCCGCAGCAGCAGCAGCAGCAGCAGCAGCAGCAGCAGCAGCAGCAGCAGCAGCAGCAGCAGCAGCAGCAGCAGCAGCAGCAGCAGCAGAAGCAGCAGCAGCAGCAGCAGAAGCAGAAGCAGAAGCAGAAGCAGCAGCAGCAUUGCCUGACAUUCAGCGCCUAGACCUCGCACACUCGCUUGCUACUGGUACGCCCACCGCUCUCCUCACCCCUCCUGCCCUUUCCUGCCCGCCUCGCGCCACCUUGCUUCCUCUCCCCGUGCUCCUUCCACCCUCCCCACCUGGUCCCUCUUUCACUUUCCGCUUCUCACCACCUCACGCCCCCCAUCCCGUUUCUCCAUCCUCCCAUCUUCCCUCGGCUGUGUCUGAUCGAGUGGCCGCAGCCCCUCCUCCCUCUGCUGCCCGCCCACCGCCUCCACCUCUCCAUCUCUCUCCUGCCGCCCACUCCAAAUCCUCCGGGCGGCACAGCUGA